GGAGGGCAACAUGUCAGGACGAUGCCAUCCUCCUGGCUGUGCCUGUUAAUUGCACUCCUUCAAAGGAGACUCACUGGAGAAGGAGGAAUCCUGUUAAUGCUUUAGUAAGCAGACAGCACAGUGUUGUCCCUGCUAUAAAGACUUCUCCACGAGUAUAAGCUCUGGAGUACCAUCAUGGAUCAGGGAGUAUGUGUUCUGGAGCUUCUUGGUGUGUUCUUCUCUCUGAGCGCCUGGCUUUUCUCAUUAACCACCACUCUGAUGUCCCAGUGGCUCACGCUGUCCACUGAUCUCCUUCCUGCCGAGAGCUACGAGCUGGGAUUGUGGGGGACGUGUGUGGUGCAGGAACUGGGCGUUCUGGAGUGCCGGCCAUACGACAGCCUCCUUGGACUCCCUCCGGAUAUCCGCUUGGCUCGGAUCCUUAUGUGUGCCACCUUGGCUACCGGUUUCAUGGGAACAUCUUUUGCAAUCCCAGGCAUCUACCUGGUCAACAGCUGUAAAGGUACCGAGACACUCAGAGAGAAAAGGACACUGAAGAUGAUGGGGGGAGUGCUGUGCUUCGCUGCAGGAGUUAUGGGUCUGGUUCCCGUGUCCUAUAUAGCCCACCUGACCGUUCUGAGAUUCUUCGAUGAGUCCGUUCCUGACGUGGUUCCACGCUGGGAGUUUGGUCAGGCUCUGUUCUGGGGCUGGACUGCAGCGUUUCUGCACAUUGUCGCUGGAUCAUUGCUUAUUACGUCUUGCAUCUGUCUGCAAGAUGUGCCAUGUCCACUGCCAGAGUCCGUGCCACUGCGAGGAGGACAUGCCAGUCUUGAACUCUCUCCAGGAAGGAGGACAGAAUAUGUGUGAUAUGUGUUAGGGAACGAUUUUUUUUAAAUAUUCUGCUUCCAGCGACCACAUACCACUACACCACAGAGACAGUAUUUUGGUGAGAUAGAACUACUGCACUAGACCUGAUGUGUAAAAUUACAGGAUGCUGCUCUUUCACCAUUCUUUUAACAAUGGUAAUUUCAUUUAUAUAUUUUAAAUUUCAUUUCAUAUAAAUUUCAUUUAUAUAUUAUAUAUUUCAAUAUUUUUAAUUUCACAGUCCACACAGAAUACUGUUACAAAUUAGAUUAGAUUUUAUUAAUUGUCCAUGCUUGGAAAAUUUAAGUUAUGGCACACAGUAAGAUAGUGUUGGUAUAUGUGUAGGGGUGGACACCCAGAAGGCAAGAUAAAGCUCUAAUGUCCCAUGGUUAGUCCCAUGGUUUAGUUGCCCAGAAACUGAUUAGAAAGUACAUAAUAAUCUAGCUAGUUUGCUAGUUAAGUGGAUUAAUACAGACCAAGGGAAACUAAUGUAGCACAUUGUGUUUGCACCGUCAACACAAAGUCAGCAAAUCACUGGCCAGUGUUUCAGCUAUGAGAUUUGGUGCUCUGUCCAUGCGUCACACCUAAAACACAUUAUUCGAGUCUGGUUAGCAUAUUUAUUUUUUGUCUGAAUGUUUAAUCACAAGGUAACUGUGUGGUUGUCCUUGCAGAAGAGUUAUAUGACUGCUUUGCAUCUAACUUUGCUUGGUCUCGUCAGGGUUUGCACAUACCUGCAUCUUGCUGAUUCUGUCAUCUGUGCAUGUUAAUGAACAGUACAUUAUGUACAGUACAGUUAGUGUACAGUACAGUACUGUUAAUGUACAUUGCAUGUACAGUAUAGUCUAUUUCUAUUUGAAUAUUUAUAAUUCAGCAUUAAUCCCCAAGCAUAUAAACAAUUAUUAUGAAACAUAAACUUUCUGAGAUUUUUUUUCCCACUGCUACUGUAAUGUGUGUGUAUCAGCAAUGAAAAAGACAAUUUGAUAUACAGUAUGUAAUCCAAAGACUUUUUGGAUGCGAUGACAUUUUGAAGUUUGCACGAUGUUGCGUUGUUUUCCUACAUGCUACCAGCACAUUUUUUUUUAAUUCUAAUCUUAUUAUCAAAAAGUCAUGCCAAAAACUGAUAAUGAAAUGUGUGGAAUAAAAAACAGAAAGCUAAUAUGCCAAAAACAUUGUAGCAUCUUCACAAGAACAAAUUUAUCAAUAGAUCAUUUACUGUAAAGAACAUGAUUAAUGAUUUAAAUCCAUACUUCAAAUAAUGGAUGGAAAAUGAUAUAUUUUACAUUUUAACAGUUAGUGCUUUUACUUUAUAACUGUAUAUAUUUCAAGGUUAUGACUUUUGGGAAUUUUUUUCAGGUGCAAUCAUUAUUUGGAUGUUUUUUCUAUUUAUACAAAUUUAGAUAUCUUUUAAAACUAGAUGUUAUCGUUAUCGGCUAUAUCUAUGUAUUAUGUCUAUAGCAUUUAUAAUUUUGUUCAUUAAAAUAAAAUAAAAGCAGAACAGAUUCCAUCAAACCAACUUUGUUUUACUACAGAUGGUACAUGUGGGUGAUGUCUGUGGUGAACACUGGAUUGAACCAAUAAAAUAAAUGCUGUGCAAUAAAAAUAAAGUUGCCUGAUUUUACACACACCUUUUGAUUACAUUUGCAAUAAGCAUUAAUGGACGUUUAAUGGAUUCAUUCUCUGUGCUUUGUUUCUUUAAAAGAAACCUGACAAAGCAGGAAUUUUAGAAGCAGUAGCUGAGUGUAAUCUUCCCUGAUCCUCCUGUCUGCACUGCUACACUAAGCCGCAGUUAAUGACCACUUUAAUGAUGAUACAGUUACACAAGCUGGCUCAAGACAUUAUUUAAAUUUUCUCAGCAGUUCUCAAAACUCUCCCAUUUUUUCUCGGCCAGGGUUUUUUCAUCUGCCUUUGAAGUUUUCCACUGCUGCUAUGUGUUUGUGUGUGUGUGUGUGUGUGUAAAGCUCUCUUUGUUGGGCUUCCACAAUGGACUUAUUUAUCUUUGUAUGCUAAUCUCACCAUCUUUAGACAUACAAAGGUUUCUUCACCACCACAACAAGCACAUGGUCCUCUCACUAGCUGCCCAUUUCCUGCCCACUUCCUUUGUGCAAAUGAACCACAUGGAUUUUGAAAUUUUGCUUCAGGUUCUGAUCUCCAAAGGCAAAAGAAAGAGAAGAUGAAUGUCAUGUUCUCUAUGGAAAUCAUAAUGUGUUACUUCUAUUAGGGAUAUUUGUGUCUUGUUCACCUGUACACGGGCUCAUGUGUGCAAUUAUCCAAUCAGCCAAUCAUGUGGUCAACAUGUCAAAGAGUUUCAUUUAAUUUUCACAUCAAACAUCAGAAUGGGGAAAAAUGUGAUCCCAGUGGCUUUGACUAUGGCUUGUUGGUGGCAGAUGGGCUGGUUUGAGUAUUUCAGAUAUUGCUUAUCUCCUGGGAUUUUCACAGUCUCUAGAGUUUACACAGAAUGGUGUGAAAAACAAAAAAACAUCCAGUGAGUUUUCCAUCCAGUUUUGCAAGUGGAAAUGCCUUGUUAAUGAGAAAAGUCAUAUGAGAAUUGGUUCAAGCUGGCCAGAUUGGUCCGAGCUGACAGGAAGGCUAUGAUUACUCAAAUAGCCACUCUUUACAACCGUGGUAAGCAGGAAAGCAUCUCAGAAUGCACAACACAUUGAAUCUUGAGGCAGAUGGGCUACAUUAGAAGAAGGCUACACUGGAUUCUACUUCUGUCAGCUAAGAAAAGCAGUCUCAGGCUGCAGUGGGUGCAAUCUCACCCAAAGUGUACAAAUGAAGAUUAGAAAACUGUAGCCUGGUAUUUUUUCAAUCUUCAUCUGUCUCAGCUUCAGAUUCGUCUUUUUG